UGGAGCAUCCUCACAAAGUUCUCACACUCUGAAGCAUCACUGAACCCAGCAGUUUUACCAACAGAGACUGAGCUGAGAACAAAGAAAAUCAUGCAGAAACUAGACCAGCUGAUCCCGCCCAGACCUUUCAUCCAUGUGAAUACCACAACCAGUGCCACCCACAGCACAGCCACCAUCCUCAACCCUAGAGACACAUACUGCAGAGGGGAUCAGCUGGACAUCCUGCUGGAGAUGAGGGACCACUUAGGACACAGGAAGGAAUAUGGUGGAGAUUUCCUGAGGGCCAGGAUGUUCUCCCCAGCCCUGCAGGCAGGUGCUGCAGGAAAGGUGACUGACUUCAACGACGGGACCUACCUUGUCAGAUUCACUCUGUUCUGGGAGGGCCAGGUCUCCCUGUCUCUCCUGCUCAUUCACCCCAGUGAGGGGGCAUCGGCUCUCUGGAGGGCAAGGAACCAAGGCUAUGACAGGGUGAUCUUCAUUGGCAAGUUUGCCAAUGGCGCCUCUCAAGUCCUCUCUGAAUGUGGCCUGACCCCAAACACAAGUGCUGAAUUGUGCCAGUAUCUGGACGCUCGAGACCAAGAAGGUUUCUACUGCGAGAGGCCUCCACAUGUUCCCUGUGAGGCCCUGAUCCACAUGGCCACCAGGAAUAGAAAUGUUUCCUAUCUUAGCAAGCAAGAGUGGAGUCUUUUCCACAG